AUGGCUGUCGCUUCUCAUUUUUUGUUCUUGCUUUGUGGUCUGCAUGUAUCACUGGCAGUUGAUUUGGAGUUUGUGGACACAAGCAGCUUCAUCUACCUUGGUGUCCCAGAUGUAAUCGACUACAAGGAUCCUUGUAAAGCUGCUGCCUUUUUGGGAGAUAUUGCCUUGGAUGAGGAUGACUUCCAGAUGCUGAAAGAGGCUCACAUCCUAGCUACUGACCAACACACCAUCCCGACCAACCAAACAGACAUAGGGAGCAUUAGGAGUGAGAAGGCUGCAGACAGACAGGACCUCCCUCGUUGGAGGAGGGCAGCCACCUCCAGACCUGAGCGUAUUUGGCCAGAUGGCGUCAUUCCAUAUGUGAUCAGUGGGAAUUUCAGCGGCAGUCAGCGAGCCAUAUUCCGUCAGGCUAUGCGUCACUGGGAGAAACACACCUGCGUAACAUUCAUUGAGAGAACUACUGAAGAGAGCUACAUUGUUUUCACCUACCGACCUUGUGGGUGUUGCUCUUAUGUGGGGAGGAGAGGCGGCGGCCCGCAGGCUAUCUCUAUAGGAAAGAACUGUGAUAAGUUCGGAAUUGUGGUACAUGAGCUUGGCCAUGUGAUUGGCUUCUGGCAUGAGCAUACACGUCCAGACCGUGAUGAGCAUGUGAGCAUCAUCAGAGACAACAUCCAGCCAGGACAGGAGUAUAACUUCCUGAAGAUGGAACCAAGCGAAGUCGACUCACAUGGGGAGGUAUACGACUUUGACAGCAUCAUGCAUUAUGCAAGGAAUACAUUUUCCAGAGGAAUCUUCUUAGACACAAUUUCGCCCCGUUAUGAUGUCAAUGGAGUCAGGCCCCUCAUUGGACAGAGGACGAGACUUAGCAAAGGGGAUAUCACACAAGCUCGCAAACUCUACAAAUGUGCAAGAUGUGGGAACAGCCUACAAGAGAGUGUUGGAAACUUCUCCUCACCUGGUUUCCCCAAUGGAUAUGCAGCAUAUGCUCACUGUGUCUGGAGAAUUUCUGUCACACCUGGAGAGAAGAUUGUUCUGAGGUUUAUUUCCAUGGACCUCUUCAGGAGUCACUUGUGCUGGUAUGAUCAUGUGGAAGUCCGAGAUGGAUUCUGGAGAAAAGCUCCUCUGAAAGGUCGUUUCUGUGGAGACAAGCUACCAGAUCCCAUCAUCUCAACUGAUAGUCAAUUAUGGAUUGAAUUCAGCAGCAGCAGCAACUGGGUGGGAAAAGGCUUCUCAGCGGUCUAUGAAGCCAUCUGUGGGGGAGAGGUCAAAUGGGACAGCGGCCAGAUCCAGUCCCCCAAUUAUCCUGACGACUACCGACCCAACAAAGUGUGUGUGUGGAAAAUCACAGUAGCAGAAGAUUUUGAUGUUGGCCUCUCCUUUCAGUCAUUUGAGAUUGAGAGACACGACAGCUGUUCUUAUGACUAUCUGGAAGUGAGGGAUGGCAAUUCAGAGAGCAGCCCCCUGCUGGGCCGUUUCUGUGGCUAUGACAAGCCUGAUGACAUCAAAAGCAACUCAAAUCAGCUCUGGCUGAAGUUUGUGUCAGAUGGCUCGGUCAACAAAGCUGGGUUUUCAGCUACCUUUUUUAAAGAAAUGGAUGAAUGUUCCAAACCUGACAAUGGUCACUGUGAGCAGCGUUGCUUGAAUACACUGGGCAGCUACAGAUGUGCCUGUGACCCUGGCUAUGAGCUCGCAUCUGACAGACACAGCUGUGAGACUGCCUGUGGCGGGUUUCUCACCAAGCUGAAUGGUACCUUUACCACUCCUGGAUGGCCCAAAGAAUACCCCCCGAACAAAAACUGUGUGUGGCAGCUUGUGGCACCAAUUCAGUAUCGCAUAACUCUGCUGUUUGAUGUAUUUGAAACUGAAGGCAAUGAUGUAUGUAAAUAUGAUUAUGUGGAGGUGCGCAGUGGGUUGAAUUCAGACUCAAAGCUUCAUGGCAAGUUCUGUGGAGCAGAGAAACCUGAGGCCAUCACCUCCCAACAUAACAACAUGCGGAUUGAGUUCAAGUCUGACAACACUGUCUCCAAGAAGGGAUUCAAAGCCCAGUUCUUCUCCGAUAAAGAUGAGUGCUCAAAAGAAAAUGGAGGCUGCCAACAUGAAUGUGUAAACACCUUUGGAAGUUAUAGUUGUCAGUGCCGCAGUGGCUUCAUGUUGCAUGAUAAUAAGCAUGACUGCAAGGAAGCUGGCUGUGAUCAUAUGGUGAACAGUGUAACAGGCACAAUCAGUAGUCCCAACUGGCCUGAUAAAUAUCCCAGCAAGAAGGCCUGUACCUGGUCUCUUUCCACAACCCCAGGCCAUCGAAUCAAAAUUGCUUUCAAUGAGAUUGACAUGGAGGCUCACCUGGAGUGUGCUUACGACCAUCUAGAGAUCUAUGAUGGGCGAGAUGGCCACGCCCCCAGCCUAGGACGCUUCUGUGGCACCAAGAAGCCUUCUCCAGUCAUCUCUAGUGGCAACAAAAUAUUCUUACGCUUUUUCUCUGAUAAUUCAGUACAGAAAAGAGGCUUUGAGGCUUCACAUAGGGCAGAAUGUGGAGGAAACCUUCAAGCUGAGGUCAAGACUAAAGAUCUGUACUCCCAUGCCCAGUUUGGGGAUAACAACUACCCUGGAGGCUCAGACUGUCAGUGGGUGGUCUCUGCUGAGAAGGGUUAUGGAGUGGAGAUCACCUUCCCUUUCUUUGAGAUUGAGGAAGAGGCAGACUGUGGUUAUGAUUACGUGGAACUAUAUGAUGGUGCUGACAUCAAGGCUCCAAGGCUGGGACGAUAUUGUGGUUCUGGGGUCCCAGAGGAAAUCUACUCAGCUGGGGAUGCCAUACUUAUAAAAUUUCAUUCAGAUGAUAGCAUCAAUAAAAAAGGCUUUCAUGUGCGCUAUACAAGUACAAAGUUCCAGGACACAUUACACACCAGCAAGUGACUCUCUUCUACCCUACACUUAAAAGAAGGCUUCAUCCCUAACAUUUGGUUGGACACACCCAUUUCCCGAAGAGAAGUGAAUGCAUGGAUUCAUCCCACAAACACCAACCCAAAUACCCCACAGUCAUGUCUGUAUGGAGUGAAGCCAUGCAGUAAUGUUUAGUCUUUACAUUUUUCAUGACAUAGAUCAGUAAUGAAAGAUGAUUCAUUUGAACAGAUUAUUUCAAGUAAAUUUAGUUAUUCCGUU